AUGGCCAAAAAUGAUGAUACAGAAACCAAAAAGUACCAAAAAGAAGUUGAAAAUUUGUUGGAAAAACGAGAAAAACUGACGAAAAGUGUCGAUUUUAUUGUGUCAUCGAUUGCCAAAGACAAAAGUGACAUGAUGGAUGAACGAAGACCUAUUACUGAUUUGGAUUGUCAUGAUAAGGUGGUCAAGAGCUUCCACAGGUUGUGCUACAAUAUGGGCAAGGUAAAAUUUGUUUUUCAUUUGGGGGUUGUUUUUUUGUUCUGUAAAGAAAGUCCUUGCUAUUUUAUGAUAUGGAAACAAAGUUCUUGCCAUUUGUUGUUUUUUAAAGAAAGUUUUUGCCAUUUCUUCCUUUGUAAAGAAAGUUCUUGCUAUUUUUUGUUUUGUAAAGAAAGUUUUUGCUAUUUUAUGAUAUGGAAACAAAGUUCUUGCCAUUUGUUGUUUUUUAAAGAAAGUUUUUGCCAUUUCUUCCUUUGUAAAGAAAGUGCUUGCUAUUUUUUGUUUUGUAAAGAAAGUUUUUGCCAGACAAGUUAUACGAUAAACGUUCUUUUUCAGAACCCCUUCUUGGGCACGUUGAGUCACAAGGUUGUCAACCUGUGCCACAUCCUACCAGCUGAAGAAAUUGUACUUCAAUUUGAACUUCUUUGCCGUGGCAUUACACUUGACAACGUUCUGUAA